AUGAUUCUAUUAUUACGUCAAACAUGUCCAUUUAUUUUUCGUACAUCAAUUAUUCGUAUAACAACAACAUCAAUUUAUCUACAAUAUCAACAAAAAAAUAAUCUAUCAUCAUUUCGUAGUCGGAAAAAUCUUUUUGAUAUUAUUCCUAAAUCAAUACAACCAUAUAUUCGUUUAAGUCGUAUUGAUAAACCAAUUGGUUCAUGGUUAUUAUUUUUACCAGGUGCAUGGAGUAUUGCAUUUGCUGGUACAACAUUAGAUAAUUUUAUAUUAAUGAGUUUAUUUGGUAUUGGAACAAUUUUAAUGCGUGGUGCUGGUUGUACAAUAAAUGAUCUUUGGGAUAGAGAAUAUGAUCGACGUGUUGAAAGAACAAAAACAAGACCAAUAGCUAGUGGUGAAAUAACAAUUAGACAAGGAUUAAUAUGGACAGGUAUACAAUUAUUAUCAGCUUUUUUUAUAUUAAUUCAAUUAAAUAUACCAUCAAUUAUACUUGGAAUAAUAUCAUUAAUACCUGUUAUUAUUUAUCCUUUAAUGAAACGAUAUACUUAUUGGCCACAAUUUUUUCUUGGAAUAACAUUUAAUUGGGGUGCACUUAUGGGUUUUACAGCAGCAACAGGAAUCAUUUUUCCAUCAAUUAUAUUACCACUAUAUUUUGCUGGUAUUGCUUGGACACUUCAUUAUGAUACAAUUUAUGCACAUCAAGAUACAACAGAUGAUUUAAUUGUUGGUGUCAAAUCAACAGCUCUACGUCUUAAACAUGAUACAAAAUUAUGGUUAAGAGCUUUUUCUAUUGGAAUGAUCUCACAUUUAAUUACAGCAGGUUUAAGUGUUGAUCAAACAUGGCCGUAUUAUGUAGGUUUAAUUGCUGUUAGUUACCAUCUUCAUCAACAAAUUGAAAAUGUUAAUUUAAAUAAAAGUCAAUCUUGUUGGAAUACAUUUGCAUCAAAUCGUAUUACUGGUUUGAUGAUACUUGCUAGUAUUUUAGCUGGAAACUUUUUUAAAUAUUUGUCAUAA